CCGCCGCCUCCGCCUCCGCCUCCGCCGCGCCGCGAUCCCACCGCUCUGGCCCGGCCCGAAGUGGUCUGGCCUGUUUGGGCUCAGCGGCCGCAGGGCCGCGGUUCCCGAUGGAAAUCAUAUGACAGAAUACUUGGAUGACAUUUAUUUUGAAAGAUCUUCAAGAAUUACAGGCAGAAAGAGGCAGAUCUUCCAUCUGUUGGUUCAAUUCCCAAAUGCCUUUAACAGCUAGGACUGAGCCAGGCUGAAGUCCAGAGCUGGAACUCAAUCUGGGUCUCCUAUGUGGGUGUCAGAACCGAAGCACUUGAGCCAUUAUCAAUUGCCCUCCAGAGUGAGCCAUAAUCAGGAGGCUGGAAUUAGAAGCAGAGCUGAGACUUGAACCCAGACACUUCAGUGUGGGAUAAGACAAAAAAAACACUAAUGCGUUUGAGAAAGCGGUAAAUUUUGGGGGAGGGGGACAAAGCAACUGCUUUCCUGAUCUGCAACUUGGCUGGAUGCUAAGAUGUCCGUGGACAUGAAUAGCCAGGGGUCUGACAGCAAUGAAGAGGACUAUGACCCAAAUUGUGAAGAGGAGGAAGAGGAAGAGGACGAGGACCCUGGGGACAUAGAGGACUAUUAUGUGGGAGUAGCCAGUGAUGUGGAGCAGCAGGGGGCCGAUGCCUUUGAUCCUGAGGAGUACCAGUUCACCUGCUUGACCUACAAGGAGUCCGAAGGCGCCCUCAACGAGCACAUGACCAGCUUAGCCUCUGUCCUAAAGGUAUCUCAUUCAGUUGCUAAACUUAUAUUAGUUAAUUUCCACUGGCAAGUCUCAGAGAUUUUGGACAGAUACAAGUCCAAUUCUGCUCAACUGCUUGUUGAAGCCCGAGUUCAACCUAAUCCAUCAAAACAUGUCCCCACAGCCCAUCCCCCUCACCACUGUGCAGUGUGUAUGCAGUUUGUGCGGAAGGAGAACCUACUUUCUUUGGCCUGUCAGCACCAGUUUUGCCGCAGCUGCUGGGAGCAGCACUGCUCAGUGCUUGUCAAGGACGGCGUGGGUGUGGGAGUCUCUUGUAUGGCUCAGGACUGUCCACUUCGUACACCAGAGGACUUUGUGUUUCCGUUGCUUCCCAGUGAAGAACUGAGAGACAAAUACAGGCGCUACCUCUUCCGGGACUAUGUGGAGAGUCAUUACCAGCUCCAGCUGUGUCCUGGUGCAGACUGUCCCAUGGUUAUUCGAGUACAGGAGCCUAGAGCUCGCCGAGUGCAGUGCAAUCGGUGCAACGAAGUCUUCUGUUUCAAGUGUCGUCAGAUGUAUCACGCCCCCACAGACUGCGCCACAAUCCGGAAAUGGCUCACGAAGUGUGCAGAUGACUCUGAAACGGCCAACUACAUUAGUGCCCACACUAAAGACUGUCCCAAGUGCAACAUCUGCAUUGAGAAGAAUGGAGGCUGCAAUCACAUGCAAUGCUCCAAGUGUAAACACGACUUCUGCUGGAUGUGUCUAGGAGAUUGGAAGACUCAUGGCAGUGAAUACUAUGAGUGCAGUCGGUACAAGGAGAAUCCUGACAUUGUCAACCAAAGCCAGCAAGCCCAGGCCAGGGAGGCCCUCAAGAAGUACUUGUUCUACUUUGAGAGGUGGGAAAACCACAACAAAAGCUUGCAGCUAGAGGCACAGACAUACCAGCGGAUUCAUGAAAAGAUUCAAGAGAGAGUUAUGAACAACCUGGGGACGUGGAUCGACUGGCAGUAUCUACAGAACGCUGCCAAGCUCUUGGCCAAGUGUCGGUACACUCUGCAAUACACCUAUCCAUAUGCAUACUACAUGGAGUCUGGACCCAGGAAGAAGCUGUUUGAAUACCAGCAGGCUCAGCUGGAGGCUGAGAUCGAAAACCUCUCGUGGAAAGUGGAACGUGCUGACAGCUAUGACAGAGGGGACUUGGAGAACCAGAUGCACAUAGCAGAGCAGCGGAGGAGAACCCUGCUGAAGGAUUUCCAUGACACCUAAGCUGGACGUGGCCGUGCUGGGGUGAGGAAGAUGUGGCUGCGAGGUCUCCUGACUGCCACACUGCAUGCUGCAGGCUCUGCCUUCACGACCCCAGGCGACCCCAGGGCCCCACUCCUGAGAGACACUGGCAACACCUCUUAGUCAUUUUAUGUUUUCUUCUCAUCUUUUUGCUUUUUGUUUCUACCAGGGUAGAGGCCAUGUUGAAUUGGCCUCUUUUCAGGACUUUUAAUUCCCCCUGGAUGGUUGUUGGGAGGGAGGGAAAGUUUUUUCUGAAUGGCUAUUAAUAGUAUUAGAUCAUUACAACUUACGUAAUCUUCAGAGGUUGUAUGAUUAUACAACAAAAAAGGCAAACAAACCAUAGGAUAACACAAAGCCCUUUUUAAAAAUAAAUUGGCCUUGGAGUGUUUCACCCUCUAGCUAUUUUACUUAGAAUGUAACAUAUGCUGCCCACCCAUCCUGCCUCAGAAUGUUUGUGCUGCAAGUGGGCCCCAGGGCGGCCAUCACUUUCCAGUUUGACAUGUUUGACCACCACUGGGUCCUAAGGAGAAAGCAUGGGUGGCACAUGGUGGGGGUUUGAGGAGGCCUGCAUAAUGGGCAUGGGGUCACAGUCAGGCCCCCACCUUUCCUUGGCAGUAAGGAGACAGUUAAAAUUGAGUCUGCUUGCCAUGGGGUGUCGUCACCUCUGGUGGCGCUUGUGCCUGUGGGCUCAUCUCUGUUCUUGAACGUGAGGUUUGCCUGGGUCUGACUCCUGAGGCCAGAGCCCACAGGAGGGUUGUAUCCUCCACACAGGAGACACAGGUUCAGCAUGUGCUUCCUUUUGUCUCCUAACAUACAGAUCCACUUUUGAGGGGAGUUGUUCUCCAAAAUAAAUUUGCUUUACCUGGGUCCCUUCUCUUAUGCCAGAAUCCAAGUAGUGUCGCUCUGACCAGAGUCAGGGACAGCUGUCUGGGACACUCGCUGCAGUCUCCCCUGACCGCCAUCAGGAUCAGACUUCAGCGUGCCCUCCCGAGGCACUGGCCUCCUGGCUCAGGGCCGGGUCAUGCUGUCUGGACGUGUCGAGCAGCUGCUGAGGGAGAGGCUGUGCUCCCCUCCGCCUGUUUAUGAGCUGUCGGAGGACACCGCCUCGAGGGCCUGGGAAUUUAAGGCCAAGAGAGUCCUUGGUUUGACGUCUCAGCUCCUGUGUGAGGAGUGGCUGACCAGAGGAAAGAGCCAACUUUUGCAAGGGAGCAGGUGUUCACCUGGUGUCGUGCCUGUCCUGAACAUGGUCCUGUGGGCCUUUGAAAAGUUAGAUCUGUGAUCUCUGGGGUUUCUAUGGCUUUGUUCAGUGCCUCCACUCAGACUGACAGAGCUGUCUGUACUCACCAGGGCCUCCUUGCCCAUCAGGGAGAGCUGAUCAGGAGGUCUGGGAAUAUUGUGGUGGAAAUUCUUUGAUUUUUCAUUCAUUUUCACCUCCAGUAAGCUGUAAAACUUUGAGUCAUUCUUGAAGACAAAAGACAGCUGUGACUCUUGGGGUCAUGGGGUACGUGGCUGGCUACGGCUUCCCUUUUUUCCCUUUAGAGUUUAUCUCUUCAUGUCUUCUUCAGUGAGAAGAGGGACUGUGGGGUGGAUUGGGAGAACAAAGUGGGAUCGUAGCCAGUAAACCCAGAAUGGAAUGGGGUGUGUGUGUCUGUGUGUGUGUGUCUGUGUGUGAAACUGAAUGACAGGAGAGCCUGCUGGGGACCUGGGGUGGGGUGUGAAUGCUGUGUUAGCAAAGGAGUAACCUGGUAUCUGGAGCCUUUACCUCUCAAGAGAGUCCUUUCUUCGACACCCCCAUUGCACAUGACCUGAGCUGCAGCUCUGUACUCCAAGUCACACGCUGCCAUUUGGGGGGACUGCACAGCUGCCAUGUCCUGUACUUGCUUCGCCUGUGGCCCUGACCAUUGGAGCUGCAGAGACUUCUGUGCCCAGACCAUGGCCUGUAGCUCUUGGUCUGUGGUGAGCUUCCUUUUGUGCCUCUGGUGGCUGUCUUUCGUUCAUGUUAUCAGGAAGAUGAGGGGAAAAGUCAGGCAGAGUUUUGUACCCUACAAAGGGUUAAAGAGAGAGAAAGAGAUGUAGUGUUUUCAUGAUUACCAUAUUUCUUUGUUUUUCUUCAAAGAAAAAGUUAAUUGAGGCAAUGUCAUCUGCUCAGCAUUGAGUAGUUUAUUCAAAAAUAAACUGUAA